GCCAACCAUCGCGCAGAUGAAUCAGCUGCCGUUGAUUCGCUUCUGUUUGGUAUUUGUUUGUUCGCAGAACUAUUCCUGCCUAAUUAAUUCAGUUAAUCAAGCGAAACAUUGAGUAGAGGAGGAUCCCAACCAUCCGAUUCAAUUGAGACCAAUCAGCGAUGGACUUCACGACCUUCGUAAAGCCCUCGAGUGGCGAAGGCGUCGGCGGUGGCGGUGAUGCGGAUGGUGUCCAGAAACUGGAGUUCUGGAAGCAUGUGGAGUACAUCGAGAAUCAUGGAAAGCAGGAGGAUGACUACGAGUACUGCAUGACCGAGUUCCUGCGCAUGUCGGGCAUCUAUUGGGGCACCACGGCCCUGGACAUAAUGGGCCAGCUGGACCGGCUGGAACGGAAGUCCAUCAUUGAGUUUGUGAAGCGAUGUCAGUGCCCGACAACUGGAGGAUUCGCCCCAUGCGAGGGACACGAUCCCCACUUGCUGUACACCCUGUCGGCGGUCCAAAUCCUGUGCACCUACGACGCCCUCGACGAGAUCGACUGCGAGGCGGUGGUGCGUUUUGUGGUGGGACUGCAGCAGCCCGAUGGCAGCUUCUUUGGCGACAAGUGGGGCGAGGUGGACACCAGGUUCAGCUUCUGUUCGGUGGCCACUCUGACGCUCCUCGGGCGAAUGGAUCAGACCAUCGACGUGGACAAGGCGGUCAAGUUCGUGCUGUCCUGCUGCAACCAGACGGACGGAGGAUUUGGAUCCAAGCCGGGCGCUGAAUCGCAUGCGGGUCUUAUUUACUGCUGUGUGGGCUUUUUCUCGCUGACCCAUCGCCUGCACCUGCUCGACGUGGACAAGUUGGGCUGGUGGCUCUGCGAACGGCAGUUGCCCUCGGGCGGCUUAAAUGGCCGACCCGAGAAGCUGCCCGACGUGUGCUACUCAUGGUGGGUGCUCGCCUCGCUGACCAUCAUGGGUCGCCUGCACUGGAUCAGCUCCGAGAAGCUGCAACAGUUCAUCCUGUCUUGCCAGGACACGGAGACGGGCGGAUUCUCCGAUCGCACUGGCAACAUGCCCGACAUCUUCCACACGCUCUUUGGCAUCGGUGGCCUCUCGCUGCUGGGACAUUCCGGCCUGAAGGCCAUUAAUCCAACGCUUUGCAUGCCGCAGUACAUCAUCGAUCGGCUGGGCAUAGAACCGCAGCGAUUGGCAAGACCAUAGGGUCACUUUGGGACAGCAGUCAUAGCCAAUAUGUAGCGAAUAAUCAGAACAGACCUCUGCCGUAUUUCCACACGAACCCCACUUAGUUUUAUUUGUAUAAAAAAAGACCAAAAUUCCACCGCAGGAAUAUGUUAACCCUUGCACGUACUCAAUGCUCUUUAACUUCGUUGUGCAUUUACUCAGAAUGUAUCCCCUCGAUAAGCUAUGAUUAAUAUAUUUUGUAUAACGAAUUAAAAUCAUUAAAUAAAUAUUUUAUUUUAUUACAGCAA